AGGAAGAUCAUCAAGUUACGCUGGCACCAGCACCUGGAUCGGAAUUGGGGGUCGCAUGAAGGGAGACAGUUUUACACUACGAGUUAGAAAUCAACAUCAUACACAGACCAAUGAUCAUUCUGCCCGUGUUUGGGAGGAGGACCCCACGCCCUGUAUGAAAGAAUUUGACAGCACUGUGUUUCAAGAGAUAGAAGACUCGGGUGUCAAUCCAUUGAUGUUUCAGAUUGAAUUUGAGAGAUCAGGGGAAACAUCUUGCAAUUCGAAUGGCUUGAACCUGCAACUCACUUUUGACACAGAAGUAGAUCAGAAUAUGAACUACGUCAUUUUGCAGCAAGAAGCAGGCUCAACACGGUGGCGAAACAUCACAGAUGAAUGCACAACCGCACAAGGUUUGCGAAACAUUGACAUACCUGUUAAAAAGUCCUCAAAAGUCUUGGUUUUUCGCAUAAAGAAAUCGCUCAGCAGUCUAAAACAUGCGUUGCUGGCACUCAUUCAUGGCCAAGUCUGGUUUCAUAUUUUGGUGUACUUCUUGAAAAAGGGCGGGAAAAUCAAAUUGCGGAUUAUUGGGAUAAGCGAAGAACUAUAUCAGAAUCCUAAAGGAUUGAAAACAGCAGUUACGAUUUCAGAAGAAAACAAAUUUUUGAUAGGCGAAGAGACUGAGCCACCAAAGCAAUUGUUAAAGAAAGGAAAUCUUACGUUGGAGUGUUGUAAAAAUAGUGAAUGUGUCUGUUUGGGGAAGUUUGAUCUCGGGAGAAAUGACAUAGACAAGCAUGCCGAGUGGUAUAAACAUACGUUUGAUGAAAAUGACCUCAUAGAUAAUCUGGAAGUCAAAGUCAGUGAUAAAGAUGGGAAUGUCCUGUGGUGUAUUGAUUUGAAUGAAAUACUCUGUGUAAGUGUCAAGAUUACCAUACACUAAACUAGCUUUAUUUAUACUGGAUAGCUCUAUCAGUUCUAAACUGUUCUCUCUAGAGGUCCAGUAAGGAUCAUCUCUUAUUGAUCCAGUGUUACUACAGGACGAAACUAAACUAAACUAACUUUAAUUAUACUCGAUAGCUUUAUCAGUUCCAAACUGUUCUCCCUAGAGGUCCAGUAAGAGUCAUCUCGUAUUGAUCCAGUGUUACUACAGAAGGAAACCUAAUUAAACUAAACUGACUUUAUUUAUAUUGGAUAGCUCUAUCAGUUCUAAACUGUUUUUCCUAGAGCUCCAGUAAGGAUCAUCUCUUAUUGAUCCAGUAUUACUACAGGAGGAAACCUAAACUAACCUAACUUUAUUUAUACUGGAUAGCUCUAUCAGUUCUAAACUGUUCUUUCUAUAGGUCCAGUAAGGAUCAUCUCUUAUUGAUCCCUCUCUCCUCCGCAGAGGCUUUAAAAGAAUAUGAAAUUCGAAGGAAUUGAAAUUGCGCUAGAAGGUAUCUGGUAUGAAGACAACCGCUGAAAAUCGGCGCGCGGGCGAGGGGAAGGGAAGGAAAAAAUAGCGGAAGCCUCUGCCCGAUUUAUGUCCCAAUAUGGCGUUAAACCGGGAGGAGAGAGACUCGUGCAGAUUCUCGAGCAGUUUGGUAAAAUGGCUCAGUUGCGUAUAAAUUAUUCAUGUCCACGAAGGCAAUUUAUUUUCGCUUUGCGGAGCAGGAAAACGUGUUGUGCUGUCUGUGAUUCACAAACAACAGAUAUAUUUAGUCAAGUAGGCCUUCAACAGCAUUACCGAAUUACACACAAAGGCACAGAAUUCGAUAAUAGUUCGGCUUUAUGUACUUUACAUUGCUGAUGUAUUUUACAAUGAAUGUGUGUUUUAAUAUAGGAUAUUGAAAAUCACAAGAUUUUUGAUGUUGAAGGCGAUCGUGAGAGCAUGGUGUUGUCGGUUGUUCAAACGAGACAGGCAGCGAAGUUGUUUGGGUUAUAUUUAGACCAUAAAGGUCCUUGCCAAAACUAUUUAUUAUUUUCAUUCAUUCAAUCUCAUAAACACAAUAUUAUACCAAAAUAUAUACGUUGGCCAGCAGAUCUUUAUCCAAAAUGUCUUCACAUUAUCAAAUAAAAUUUAAAACAGAAAGGAUUGUUGAGAUAAUAUACGGAUGCUACAGAUAUCGCCAAUUUGUCACAGAUAUCGACAUAAAUCGGGCAGAGGCUUCCGCUAUUUUUUCCUUCCCUUCCCCUCGCCCGCGCGCCGAUUUUCAGCGGUUGUCUUCAUACCAGAUACCUUCUGGCGCAAUUUCAAUUCCUUCGAAUUUCAUAUUCUUUAAAAGCCUCUGCGGAGGAGAGAGUAUUGAUCCAGUGUUACUACAGGACGAAACUAAACUAAACUAACUUUGUUUAUACUCGAUAGCUUUAUCAGUUCCAAACUGUUCUCCCUAGAGGUCCAGUAAGAGUCAUCUUUUGUUGAUCCAGUGCUACUACAGGAGGUCCAGUAAGGAUCAUCUCUUAUUGAUCCAGUGUUACUACAAGGGGAAACCUAAACUUAACUAACUUUGUUUGAUAUGGAUAGCUCUAUCAAUUCUAAAAUGUUCUUCCUAUAGAGGUUUGAAUGGGCCAAUGGUUGAUUCAGUAUGACCUUAAAAGCCGAAGUACCUAGCUGAGGUGUUUGGUUGAGUCUGUACAGUAUAUAACUACUCACAAUUAGGCAUAAAUGAUGACGAAAUGUUUUUUUAUUUAAGGAUGAGGUCAAGGAUGUGGUCGAAGGGCCAGUUGAACCACGGGUUGAACAACCAGUCAAUAUCAAGCCAGG